GCCCGGCUGCAAGCAGCGCCCUUCCUCUACCCAGAGGGAGGUAGCCUGGGGAAGUGCCUGGGAUGUCGCAGAAAAACAAACUCAACUUCGUGGCGGAAGAUCAGAUCUGGAAGGAUCACGUUGAAACAGAACACAUAGCUGCAAGGAGAUGGCCGAAGAGAUGGGGGUUUCUGUUGACACCAGCUGAAGAGUUGAUAAAAGGUGAAAAGAAACAACCUGCUAAGCCCAAGAUCCCACUUCCAGAACACUUACAAAUCCGACCUGUGACACCGGUGGAAAAAUAUAUUAAGAUCAUCCCAUCUCCUCCUGUCCCUCAAACAACACAAGGUUUUAUCGGCUGGAGAUCAACAGUGCCAGGGCUGGAACUUGAACGUUAUUCUCAGAUCAGAAGCUGCAAAGGUGCCUUUUACAAGGACCUGCAAUGGCCAAAUGAACCAACUGACUGACUUUGAGAAACGACGUCUAGAUUGCCUCUAACCUACGCACAUUUUCAACUGCUCCUGUUAGGCAAAUGUUGAUAUUUAAAAUGAGUUUCUGCACCAUUUCAGUGGUGAAGGUUAAUUAUAAGGUUAUGCAUGGCU